ACAAGCGCACCCGGUGCACCGACAGAAAUGGCCACCACGGAAGUGGAACGCCGGCGCGGCCAGCUGGCUGCUCUGUCCAUCGCGGUGGUGGUCGUGGUGGUGGGAGUCCCGCUGUGGUGGAGAACCACGGAGACGUACCGGGCCUGGCUGCCCGUCAGCCAGAUACUGGAACUGGCAAAACUGCAGCUUCACCUGAGUGCUGACGUGGAGGUGGUGUUUGCACGCGGCACCGUCACACCUGAGCAGCAGAAGAAGUUCCCGCUGACGCAGACGCAGGACGAGGAACAUCCUGUGGAUGAGGAAACAGCUCUGAGAUACAGGUACGAAACCAGGUACCGCACGGCAACCGUCAUGGAGGAAGACGCGCUGAACAAGCCCACGGCUGCAGAGGCGGAUCUGUCUCUGCACACGCUCAGUGAGAGUCCAUGCGGCUCCCUGGUCGUGUAUGUGAUCCCCGAGUCGUCCUCACUGCUGCCAGAGGACGUGAACGUGUACGUCGGCCAGCGUCGGACGGCGCUGCUGCGCGGCGAUGCCCAGAUGAGAGCGGGGAAGACGCUGGAGCAGCUGCUGGCUCAGGUGCAGCCGGGGAUCAAACGGGUGCUGCAGGUGAUGUCGUUCAACCACGCCGACAUCACCGCCGCGCUCAGCGACCGCGUCCGCUUCAACCCCGGCAGCAAGGAGAGCAUCGCCGACAGCAUGAGAGCCUUCAAAUCCAGCCCAGGAUAUGAGAUCACGUUCAGUUUGCUGAACCCCGACCCAAAGUCCCACCGUCUGCACUGGGACAUAGAGGGAGCCGUGCAGACCUUCAUCCAGCCGCUGCUUAAGAAACUGUCUCCGGUUUCCAACUUCAGCAUCGACUCCCAGACGCUGUACUACGCCAUGCUUGGCGUCAACCCGCGCUUCGACACCGGGCUCAGCGCCUUCACGCUCAACGCCGACAGCCUCGCACACGUGAUCAACCCGGUGGAGGCCCGGCUCGGCUCUAAUGCUGCUUCCUCCAACCCGGUGCUGAACUUCCUUCUGUACGUCCCGGACGCGCAUCAUUCCCCCCUUCUCAUCCAGGAUCACAAGAAACAGGAAGCUCCUUCUAAUGCUUUCCACUCCCCACGCUGGGGGGGAAUUAUGGUUUAUAAUGUUGACAGUUUUUAUGGGCCAGAGCCAGAGUUUCCUGUUGACAUCGACAUCAACAUGGCUAAAGUCAUGGGAGUCUUCCUCGCUCAACUACGGCUGCUGCUGGGUGUGCAGUCGUCCACGCCCCCCCCUGGUUUCCUGAUCGCCCCCUGCAGCAGAACCGGCCUGGCGGACUGGGAGCUGGACCGGCUCAUGUGGAGCCGCAGCGUGGAAAAUGUUGCCACGGCGACCACCACCAUCACGUCUCUGGCGCAGCUGUUGGACCAGAUAGGAAACAUCGUCAUCAACGACAACAUCGCCCAGCAGGUAUCCAGCGCCGUCACGUCUCUGCAGCUGGCGGUGGCCGAGCUGGAGGCCGGGAACCUGGGCUUCGCUCUGCAGUACAGUAAAGAGGCCAUCCUGGCCUCCGAGAAGGCUUUCUUUGACCCUUCACUCCUCCAUCUACUCUACUUCCCCGACGACCAGAAGUUUGCCAUCUACAUACCUCUCUUUCUGCCCAUGUGUGUGCCUAUCCUGCUGUCGCUGCUUAAAAUACUAUCUGAGUUGAGACAGAAGUACAAAGAGAAGCAGGCCAAGAAGGACUGAGAUGUGAUUAACAAGCAAACAUGGAAUGAAAUAACUGUUUUGUUUGUGGUUUUAAGCCAUGCAGAAAAGAUGAUUUACACUAUGUAGGGUUUGGGUUUUUACGACGGAGUAUUAGGGCCAAACUAAGACAAAAAAAAAUGGAAAUUACGAAAAUAAAGUCAUAAUAAUAUGAGAAUAAAGUCGUAGAAUUACCAGAAUAAAGUCAUAAUGUUGUGAGAAUAAAGUCGUAAUAUAUAAUAUAAUAUAUAAAUAUAACUUCACAAGAUGCUCAAUAUUCCUCAUUUUAACACAGGGAGAAGAGGCUCUUCCUGUUAGAGUUCUCAUAAAUUACCACUUUAUUCUCAUAAAUUACCACUUUAUUCUUGUAAUAGGCUAUUACGACUUUAUUCUCAUAAUGUUACGACUUUAUUCUCGUAAUGUUACGACUUUAUUCUCGUAAAUUACCACUUUAUUCUUGUAAUAGGCUAUUACGACUUUAUUCUCGUAAUGUUACGACUUUAUUCUCAUAAUAUUACGACUUUAUUCUAUUACGACUUUAUUCUCGCAACAUUAUGACUUCAUUCUCGUAAUUUUACGACUUUAUUCUCAUUAUAUUUUGACUUUAUUCUCGUAAUUAAAAUUUUUUUUUGUCUUAGUUUGGCCUAAUACUCCGUCGUAGGUUUUAAAGUCAGUCAUUAAAGUUUUUUUUUCUUGUUGUCUCGAAUGGAAAUGUAUGUGUUAUGAGAUUUUAUUGAAUGACUACUGUAACUGCCUGUUGAAGCUUGAAUGUGUACAUGUUUUAUAUUUGAACUCCACUUUAUUAUAAGUUAUUAAGAAAUAAAGGCUAAAAAUGUAACUGUAAAA